AUGGAGAUUUUUUCGGGAUAUAUUGAUGUCUUCAAUGCUUUGUACAGGCUGAAAACAAAUGGAGAAGAAAAAUUAAACGAAAUUUACAAAAAUAUCACAAUCCUGAUUGACUCUUAUCAAUUUCCGCCUGAUAAACUUACCACUGUGAUAUUUGAAAUUUCAAUUUAUAACAACCGCUACAUGAAGUCAUAUUUAGCAAUUGCAAAACAUAUUGUUGACGAAUACCAUCUAAAGCAAGUCAGAGAAAUCAAAAGUGUUUUUAAUUACCUUUUCUAUAAAGAAUACAAUAUAGUUUUGGGUAGAGACGAUGAACUUUCUUUUAAAGAAUAUAAUAAUGUUCAUUUAUCAUCUGAUAUUCACGACAAAAAUACAAUUCACAGAUAUAUUAUGGAUGAUGACAAAAUGGCGUUUAUAAGCUCUACAGAAAGUGAUGAAUUUGACAGUAAUCUACAACUAUAUAGCGAAUUAUAUCCAAAUGGCCAAAAUUCCUUACUUGAGUUAUGCUGUUAUUAUGGAGCUGUUGAUUGUUUUAAGUUCUUAAGAACAAAAUUUCAAUCAAGAAUAACUUCAAAUUGUCUUAAAUAUUCGUUUUUGGGUGGAAAUCAAGAUAUUAUGCAUGAAUGCAUGAAAGCCAAAAAACCAGAUUACUGGUGUAUGGAAUAUGCGAUUAUAUCACACAAUAUUGAUUUUGUCACUUUUUUGAUGAAUGAAUACAACAUUGAAAUUAAUUUAAUUACGUGCGCGGACUACCAUAAUCUUCAAGCAUUUUUAGUUUAUUUAGAUCAAACAAAUGACAUCAAUACUUGUUUCGCCUAUUCUCCAUAUUUCAAACUUUCAUCACUUUUAGAAUAUUUUAUUUCAAAUGGAGCAAAUAUCAAUGCUAAAACUAAAUAUGAUUUUACCGCUCUUCAUGUAGCUGCAAUGAAUAAUUUCAAAGAAACAGCAGAGUUUCUUAUUUCGAAAGGUGCAGAUAUCAAUGCUAAAGCUCAAAACGGAGAGACUCCUCUUCAUACAGCAUUCAGAAGUAAUUCCAAAGAAACUGCAGAAAUCCUUAUUUCAAGAGGUGCAGAUAUCAAUGCUAAAGACGAAGAAGGAUGGACCCCUCUACAUUAUGCACUCUCGCAAUUUCAAAGAAAUGGCAGGAACCCUUAUUUCAAUGGGUGCAGAUAUCACGGCUAA